AUGUCGCAGCAAGGAACACUCGUGCAGUCUGUAUGGCUUACGUUGUGGCAGGGAAAUCCCCUUCUCUAUUUAGCCAUGAAUCUUUCGAUGUCAGUCAACGCCGCUCUCGUCACAUUGCUUGUUGUCGCUGUCUUCUCUCAACUUUAUGACGCGCUCUGUCUAUGUCUAGCUCGUUACACUCGCCAAACCUACGGGUACAUCCUCGUCGACGACAGACUUGAAACCCCAGAGUCAACUCCAAGACUACUCUCAUUACUAGCUCGUGGUAGCCGUAGUCGUCGCUCUAUGAUUUCGGCGAAGCCAGUGUUCAAUAGCCAAUUCUUUGUCGGCGUGCAGUACACCAUCAGCCUAAUUGUUGUUCAGAUAGCGCGGGUUAUAGCAUCUACCUUUGUAACCGACCGCGCUGUUCGCAGGCAAUGCAUGCGUCUGCUAGAGAAGGGCUUGGAGUGCUCGGCUGCAACACGCCAUCACGAGUGGCUUAACGUCCUAGCUGCUAUUGGUCUCUUGUGCUUCAUCCGAGGGUUUCAACUGCACGUUGACCUUACCAACCGCCAGUUGCAGAACGGCAAUUACAGCCCAGGUUUCCUUUCUCUCUACAACAAAUGGCGACGGAUAACCCAAAGACUGCUUGCAGCGCCCAUCGCUGUAAUUGUCCUUCACUCGCGUGACCCGAGUGAUGAGUUAUGGAAGCACGCCAGGCUGCUACUUAUUCAGGUCGCUGCGUCAAUCGGCUUCUUCCUAGCUGGCAAUCUUUUGUGUCUACUUGCUGCGUUCCCGGACGUACAGGGCACUAUACGUGCAUUGGAGUUAUCGGGGCUUACUGGAAAGACAGAAGUGUGA